AUGUCAGAAAGCUCCAAUUCAACAUCGUGGAGUGAACUGCUGGCGAAUAUUGUUGUUAACAAUAUAAAUAUAUUUCGACAGAAAACGAACGACGAAGAAAGCGAAUAUAUUCCAAAAGAAAAUGUCGUGACCAAAAUAUUCAGUGGAGUGUUUAAAGUCUUUAAGACUUAUGUAUAUGAUAAAUUGAAAGGGAAUGUAAACGCACCGGACAAAAACAAUAUUAAUGUGGAUAUCGAAGACAAAAGAAUAGUAAAAGCAAGUAUUAAUCCUAAAGACGACGUCGAAGUUAUUGAACCACAGUAUCACGGAAAAUUGUGCGAAGAUUGCGAUAAAACAGAAAUAGAAGUUGGAUCACACUGUCCAGAAGGUUCUGUAAAAGACGAUAACGGUGGUUGCAUAGAAGUAAAACCUUCUAAAUUCAUUGUCUCCGUCCCGCAUCAUUGUCCAAUGGGGUUCAAGCCAGAUUGGUUAGGAUAUUGUAGAGAACAAAUUUAA